AAGUGCGGGUCUGCAACAUGAAAACACACAUGUGAAGCGCGUUGUUGUUUAUUGAAGUUAUAUUUAUAGUACAUGAUGAGCUCCCAAAAGGGAAAUUUAAAGAAAUCAGGACCUCCAAAACAUCAGAAUAAGACGGCAUUUAAAAACUCUAUGCAUGACACUUCCAAAAAGACAAAAGAGUUAAAUUCGAUGUCUAUAUCAGGAUGCUGUAAAAAAUGCCAAGAAAUAUUAGAAUGGAGAAUUAAAUAUAAAAAGUAUAAACCUCUCACUCAACCUAAGAAAUGCGUGAGAUGUAAUGAGAAGACUGUUAAAAGAGCUUAUUUCAUUUCCUGCGACAAAUGUAUUAAAGAAAGAGAGGAAUGCGGAAAAUGCGGCAAAAAUAAGGAAGAUUUAUCAUUACCAGAAGAAUCGUCACAAGAGGCUUCAAGACAAGAAAGUGAAUUACACCAAGAAUUGCGCAACUUAACUGAAAGGCAAAGACGAUCUUUUUUUCGAAAUGAGGAGAAAGGCAAUUUUAAAGAAGAAAUUUGCAGCAAAUCAACGAUUGACCAUUGA